UUUUAAAAUAUCACUGCGUGACAAAUCAAUAACAAAAAGUGAAAAUCUUAAUGUACCAUGACACUACAUUUUUUUUUUCUAGUAUUAUGAUCAACAGAAUUGCUUAUUUACAAAUAGUUGUCACAUGCAAUGUAUUUGUUGUUGAGUUUACUAUUUGUUAGUGUUCCUGAUGGUAAUACAAACUCAUCAAAUGAAAAUUUACUUAUUGAACACAGUGUCACCCUAGAAAGUGCUGAAAAUGCAAUUCAACAUAUUGUACCGGAAUUGAUGAUAGGAGUCGGUUGCAGAGAAUGUACCAUAAGAGAAAUCGAAUAUUGUUUGUCCAAUGAUGCCAUUGAAGAUCAUUGUUGUUGUCAAAGGAAAUACCAUGAAGUAUUUCCUUAUAUUGCACAUAUUUGCUAUGUAAGAUCUAGAAAUUGUGAACCUACCGUUCGGGACUGUGGAGUAUUCGAUCGACUAUUGACUUGUUGUUGCCAUCAAUAUCUUGGAACAAAAUGUAGACAUUUUUGACCCAGUCCGGCUAAACAGCUAUCUUCAUCCAUCUUCAUCGCACUCCGAACUAAAACUUGAAAGUAUCGAAAUAUUUCAUGAAAAUAAUCUGAACAUGACGAAAUGUUUUGAGUCCGUGUUAUAACUUACAUUAUAAUAUACAGUGGCGCCCAACCCUAUAAUUAGGUUAGGUUACACCUUUUGCUACACCUUGAAAAUAAGGGGUGAGUGGGUAUAUAAUAACUUUCAAAUAUGUUCAUUAUUAAUCACAGAUUAUAUUGGUUCAUUCCUUAAUAUUUACUAAUAUUAUCAAUCAAAAUAUGAUAAAAUGUAUAAAAUAAUAUAAUUUUGAGUUUGUGAGGGUGGGUGGGUAAAAUUAUUUCUUGCUACACCUGAAAAAUAUAUCUUGGGCGCCACUGAUAAUAUAUCUACAUACAGCUUAACUGUCCGUCUAUAUUGAAGGCUUAUUAUUUUUUUUGUUCACUGGAAUUAUUAGAAUUGUUAAUCGUUGACGAUGAAUAUCGACCACGAUUAAAGAUAGUAACUAUAGUACUAUCUUUAAUCGUGAUAUCGACAAUUGACAAUUGUCAUAGAUGAUAUAAAAUGUAUUAUUUAUUACAAUAAAUCCAUAGAACUUAUAUUAUACUCAGUACCUAUUAAUUAUUAUACGGUCUAUUGAUAAAUCCUAUGUAAUGUAGACAUUAUAUUAUUCUAAUGCAUUAUCCCGCCAUUGCCCCUAGACACGGUGUUGGUGAAUUUAUAUAUCUUUGGUAAUUAAAUUACACAAUUAAUUAUAAGUUACCUAUUUACCUAUGUAUAGGUACUUGUCCAAAACUCGACUACUCGGAUUUAAAUUUUAAAAAUGUAAUUUAUGUAACCUAUUGGCUAUUGAUCUAUUAUAAAAUAGAAACCUAACCUACCAAUAAUAUCGCUAUAUAUAACAUAAUUAAAUGUGAUAACCAAUUUGAAGAAAAUUUCCUAUAUAAUUAAACACUAAACCCCUAGAAAAAUCGUGCGUUUGUGGCGUUCUCUUCUCUUAAAACCCGAAUGCCAGUUAAAGUAACAUAAGUAUAUAGUGGCUCUCUUCGCCUGCCGGCUCCGAUCGCCUAACUCUAGGUUCUUUGGAACUCUCGCUGGAUGGG